UCGUAUCAUCAUCAUCAUCAUCUAGUUGUUGUUGGUUGUAUCUGCUUUGUUUUGUGACAAAAACAAGAAGCUAAGUUUGUUUAUUACUUGUGUUAUAAGUAACGAGCUAUGGCGUCUCAACAGGAGAAGAAACAGCUAGACGAGAGGGCCAAGAAGGGUGAGACCGUUAUGCCAGGUGGGACUGGAGGCAAAAGCUUUGAAGCUCAACAGCAUCUCGCUGAAGGGAGGAGCCGAGGAGGGAAUACGAGGAAGGAGCAGUUAGGAACUGAAGGAUAUCAGCAGAUAGGACGCAAAGGAGGUCAUAGCACCCGUGACAAGACUGAUGAGGAAGACGCCGAGGAUGAGUCCAGGACUAGGACCUAGUCAUAAUAUUUCGAUGGAUGUGUAAUAAUAUGAAUUUAGAUCUUUCCAUAUAGUUGUGUUUUGGUUUCCUGUCAUAAGCCCUUGUUGAGUUCAUAAGAUGAUGAUCACCAUUAUAUGUUUUCGUCUUCUUCUAUGUAGACUUGUGUUUCAUUUGCUAUCUAGUACCGAGUGUUUUUUUACUUUCA